GUGGCACAAACUACACUCCAAGGCGGGGAAGAAGGAGAAGGAGCGUGGCGAGAUCCUGGUGAGCAUCCAGUUCACACGCAACAGCCUCACGGCCAGCAUGUUCGACCUGUCCAUGAAGGACAAGCCGCGGUCGCCCUUCGGCAAGCUGAAGGACAAGGUGAAGGGCAAGAAGAAGUACGACUUGGAGUCGGCCUCAGCCAUCAUCCCCAGCAGCAUGGGUGCCCUCGACGCGGACGAUGACUAUGACAUCGGGGGCAAGAAGGCCAAAGUUAAGGGCUUCUUCUUGAAGAACAAGCUGCGCAAGUCGUCCCUGACGCAAUCCAACACCUCCUUGGGAUCCGACAGCACCAUCUCUUCCGCCAGCCUGGGCUUGGCUGCAAACCUUCCCGAGGUAACCAAAUCCCCGAGCAGACACAGCAGUCUGUCCACAGAACGCUCCGUGAAAGACUACUUGCCAUCUCCAAAGCUGACCCACAAGAGAGCGUUCAGUGACGAUGUCUCCCAAGUCAGCCCAGUCCUGGAGCCCAAAGCAAUCCAGAGCCUGAAGCCAAAGAACGAUCCUGUGUCCCGGUCUUCCCUCUGCAUCAACGGGAGCCACGUUUACAGCGACGAGCCUGCACCGAAGAGCCCCGUGUCUGUCCCGCAGAGCUCCGCACCGCUGCCCGUGCCCAGCAUCCCCAGACGGCAGGAGGAGGGCUUCGGCUUCACCCCCCUCCAGCCCGACUCCCACGAGGUGCCGUGGGGGGUCAGCAGCUUUGAGAGAACGCAGCAGAGAGACGAGCCCAGGUUCAUCCCGUCUCCUCCCAGCUUAGUCCUGCAAGAAGAGCUCAAGGUCUCCACGAAAGCCGUCACUCUCAGUAACCAUCUGGGCAGGGCCAAGAUGGAAGAAAACAGUCGCUUAGAGAACAAGCCAACUCAAGCUGCAGCACCCAUGGUCUUCACGGACACGACAAAGGACAAACAGCCUGAGGAAAUGAGGAAGGAAGAGAAGAAAGCGAAGGGCGGCCUCUUCCACCACGGUAGCAACAAGAGCGACGUGGGGAGCAAAGGCCAGGGGGAGAAGGCGGGACCCCCCCACGGCUCGUCAGGCCAGGCAACGGCAGGGGGAGAUGAGAGGAUUAAACACAGUGGCUGGUUCGGUUCAAAGGAGCCCAGAGAGUCCCCACAGAAACCCAGACAUAAAGACCCGGAGAGGGAGUCUUCAGCCAAAAGCGUUUGUGUCCCCGUUCCAGAAACUACUCCCCCAUCACCAGGAGAUCUUCCUCCUCCGGACGAGAAGCCCGCCGUCCCUCCUCCCCUCUCGGAGUGGGACGAUACCUUCGAUGCUUUUGCGACCAGCAGACUCAAACCUGAACUGAACAAGGAAAACUUCUUCGCUUCGGUGUCGGCAGAGGGCAUGGCUUUCAUCGACGAUCCCGAUGCAGCCAGCCCCACGGGCACAUCGGCUAAGCCGGCGUGCGAGAAGGGGACGAACGUAUUCGAAAAGGCCGAUUCGCAAAUCAGCAGCGAAAUGCCCACAGCUCUACGGUCUUGGACGAAUUUCUCAGGUUUAGAUGUGGGAGCGAACUUGGUGAGCACAACCCAGGAAGCGACGGUGAUAGAGGAUGUGCUGAGCCCUGUGUCCGUGGGGUCGAUGGCAAGGAGGAAAAGCAGCACGCCUACGGUUUGGACAGUUGCGUUUACGUCGGGAAACCCGGGGGAAAAAGAGGCUUCUGCGCCACUAUCAGCUGAAAAUAGUGCUAGGGAGGAAGGGGACGGCAGUGAGGAGGAACCCUCGAGUGCAGGGACAAACGGAUGGAUGACCAUAGCCACCGAAACGGCCCCCGACCUGUCGGAGAGCACCCCAGGUGUGGCUGGGCAGGAGCGCGUGGGGCAGGAGAGCGCGUUCGGCCCGCGGCCGUCCUUCCUCAGUGAAGGCGCCUUUGAAGCCAGAAGCGGAUCUCACGUAGCCACUUACGCGUUGCCCGGAAGCCCCUUUGCCCCUGAGCUCACCGCUGAAACCCUGCCAGGCAGCAACGUGGUGGCCGUGCCCCCACGGGUGCUCACAGAUGUGGCGUCACGACAGGUCCCCGCAGCCCCCGAGCCAGGCAUGGACACCCAGGGUGCCGGUAGCGAGGGGGAAACGUUUGACGUGCGGACUUCGGUCUACCGGCUCCAGGCUAGCAUGCGGCUCGAGGCCAGCGAAAGCCGUGUACAACUCAGCUCCGACAUCUGCGAGAGUCGCGUCAUCCUCUCUCCGUGGACAGGUACCCAAGAGAAGGAGGUGGCAGCCAUCUCAGCCGCGCCACCCCCCAAACCUCCGCGGUGGUUCGCAGCCCCGGGCGGCAGAGGGGACAGUGAGGAGGAGGAUGUUUGUGACCCGCAGCGAGGCAGCCAGGAGCGAUGGGAAGACACGGAGGGCCCGAAG